AUGGCAGCAAAUGGUGAAUCAAACCCCAUCGCCGCUGGUAUUAUUGGAAGUUGUCGGUACAGUGAUUCUCUGCACAUCAUUUCCAUUAAGAAUGAUUCGACUUUAAAGGAGAUCUAUGAAUCUAUCUUAAUGAAGUGGAACGAUAUACAUCCCGACAAAUUGGUGCUCCAAUACUUGGUUCCCCGUGAAAGAAUGUUCGUCACACUGACUUCUGACGAAGACGUGGUGAAUAUGGUUACAUUGCAUUUGGUAAUGCACAUGAGUGUGGUCGACAUUAUGGUGAGCCGCACUAAUGAACUUGAUGGGCGUAGAAGGAGGACCCCCAGCAACGGUUGUGGUGAUGCUACUCUUCGUACAAGGGGUCAUCCCAAAGCCGAUGCUACGUGGAUUUCGCAACUUAUGAAACAAAAAUUGAGAGAUGAGCCAGGUUACAAACCAAUUGCUAUUUUGAAUGAGGUCCAAAGAAAGUACGGUGUGGAGCUUAAGUACUAUACGGCGUGGAGAGGUAAGGAAAAAGCAAUGUAUGACAUUUAUGGGGAUGAGUCGAGCUGUUAUGAUAAACUGAGACGUUAUUGUCGUGCACUAAAACAGAAUAACCCUGGUAGUUGUGCCGAUUAUGAGAUUGACCCUCAAACUCAAAGGUUUCUUCGGAUCUUUAUUAGUUUUGGAAAUUCUAUUUUGGGUUUCCACCGUGGGUGUAGGCAAAUGAUAUGUUUGGAUGGGACUCAUAUUAAAAAUAAGUACAAAGGUUUCUUACUUUCUGCUGUGUCCAAAGAUCCAAAUGAUGAGUUAUACACAUUGGCCUAUGCAAUUGUUGAUGCCGAGAAUGAUAGGAAUUGGGAGUGGUUUUGUAAUAAGCUGAAAGAUAUUCUUGUUUAUCACAAUGGGGGUUUAUUGAAAAAUUACACAAUUUUCUCUGAUCGUCAUCCGGGGCUUAUUAAAGCCAUUCCACUGGUAUUUCCUGGUAGCAACCAUGCUUAUUGUUUGCGACAUUUGGAGGAUAACUUUAGAACAAAGGUUCUAAGAUCGUAUCCAUUGCACAACAAAGCAUAUUGGGUGAGUGUUCUACAUAAGGCUGCAAUUGCUCCUACUCGGCAAGAGUUUGAGGAACAUAUAUCUCAUAUAGUUCAAUCAAUGCCUCGUGCGGAAUCAUUUAUCCGAGACUCUGAUCCCAAUCGUUGGGCCAAUGCAUACUUUUCUGGGGAUAGAUGGGGAAUAAUGAACAGUAACCAAGUUGAAUGCUGGAAUGGUUGGGUUAAAGAUGAACGAUCUUUGCCAGUUCCAUCCAUGAUUGAUAUGAUACGAAUCAAAAUAAUGAAGAUGAUAGGUAAUCGACGGGAAGAUUCUUGA